CCUUAGUAACUCACAUGGCUGGCUGCACCUGCUUAUAGAUUGUGAUUUGGGGGGAAACUGGUAGGAAGGUUGGUAGGCUGCAUUGUUAUUUAGUUUCAAACAGUGAGCUAUUUAAUAUUUUUUUUCCCUGCACAUUCUAGACUAGUGAAAAACUGAUAAUUCUUUUCACAUUUCAGUUAUAAUUUUUUUCAGUAUUGUCUGAUAAAUGGCCCCUUAAUGACAAACUUACUCAGUGUAUUAUUUCCAUAAAUUACUGAAGCUUUACCACAGGCAAACAUUCAUAUGUGUGUGUGAAAUAUGUGUGUAUAUAUAUAAUCAGAAAAAAAGUAAUUGCUUCUGCUUAUAACUUCAGCCAUUUUAGUAUCAGAAAGUCAAACAUCUUCAUUUCAGCAUCCUCUUCUUUGUUUCAUUUUUGGUGGCAUGCAAAAGUCCAUUUUGGAAUCGCAAGUAUUAUAGGAACUUAGGAACUUAUAUUGAAAUGUAUUAAUUUAACAAAUGAUUUGAAUUCAAGAUAGUGUAUAAAUCUUAUCAGUAGGCGUACUGUAUGUUUUCUCCCUGGGAAUUCAACCUAUGACCUCGGCAUUGACUAUGUAUUGCAGGAACGUCUGUAGAAAGGCUACAGAACAGAGUGAAUGUUUCCUUUACCCUGGGGCUCAUUCAUUAAUAUUCAGUUCUAAAUAAUGAGGCAACUCUCUUAAAGUUUGAGGUCGUUAGAAGGGUGCUCUCCAUAAAGAUGCUCCAUUUGUGAGCACUGAACGUUCUUUUUUUGUGUGUGUUUGUUGCCAGUCCCACAGAACAGUAAAUGUUUAGAAGUGUAGGGUCAUUAAAAGUUGGUCGCCAGAGAGCAUUGUGAAAGGAAUGUUAGUCAAAGUCCUUAACAGAACACCCCCAACUCAAUGCUUUGUUCUCCAGGACAAUUCCCCGCUGGUUUGUCCAAUAGGGAGGUAGAAGGAGGGAGCCGGGGCUUGGGUCAAGUGGCAAGACACUGACAUAUGUAGCUGACAACUUGUUCAGAAAGGGUCACCUGGGAUGAGGCUGCAAAGCAAGAACCAUGAGCACUGUGGAGGAGGAGCCGGACCACAUGAUACCAUGAAGAGAAGCCUGCAGGUCCUGCCCCACCAGUUGCUGAGUGUUCUACUGAUUCUGUUUGUGCCAGUUGGGCUGGUGUUCUCUGCAGAGGAGCUUCACCCCAGCCAAACCCCUCGGGACCUUGUCUCCAUGUCAACGAGCAGCAGAACCCUCGCCACCCUCUCACCGGGGCCCUUGAGCUGGCAGGAUGGUUCCAGCAAUGGGGAUCUGCACAACCAGGCACUGGCGUAUCCAGAAGCCAUCCUUAGACCCACUACUGUCCACCCAUUCCAGACACCGAAGACCACUGUACCUUCUGUAAUAGAUCAGUCAUCAACUGUAGGGGUCCAUCCCAGGGAUCAGGCACCACCUCAAAUCCCUCUUUCAGAAGCGCCCCAACUGACCUCUGGAAGUAUGUUCACCAGAACCCAAGUCCAGAACUUUAGCACUAAUACCGAUAAGCUGAGUACAAUCAGUAGAAAGCCAGUGAACCAGUUUGACCCCUCAGGUUUGGUCCAGAGAAAUCAGAUCAGUCCUGCUGUGUUGGACAGUGGAAACCAAACCACAAAUUCUGGCUCGGGUCUUUCUUUUUUCUCAGGGACUGAAAGUAAUGUGGCCCCUGGUGCCAAGGGCCUUUCAGAGACCCGAGACACUGGAGAGAUGGGAGUAAGGGACCCCACUGAUCCUAUACAAAAUCAGUCAUCAACCUUAAAAACCCACAAUGGGCAGAACUCGGACAAGUCGGCUCCACACCACACCAUUACAUUGCGUGACGUGUCUUCAACAGAGAAACCUACUCUCCCUUUGGACACGGUGGGAGAGGCUUUGGCACAAACUGGCAUCCAGUCUCCUUCCCCAGCUCUCGCCCCACCUUCCAACCAUAUUACCACAUCCAAUCCCACUUCUUUAAUGGAGAAUCGAAGCUCUGUGGAAGUCCAAGGUGGUUGGAAUGGAACCACCAAGAUGACCAUUGAUUCUCUUGUCUCCAUGACUGAUGUCACAGAAGUUAUCAACAGCACUGGAGCCUCAUGGCCUGCAGCGAAUGAUUCAGACACAUCAGAGGCACCCUCCACAGCUAGUGGGAGCUUCAUGAACAGGCAGGUCCCAGCCACCACACAAGGCCCAUGGGGGUCUGGAAACCAGUCGGGUCCUGCACUGAGUCCUCCUCACAAAAAAAACACCAUCUGCCUGGAUAAAAUGGACAUUGUGUGGUUGGUUCUUGCCAUUAGCGUGCCUGUCUCCUCAUGCUCCGUGCUACUUACUGUAUGUUGUAUGAGGAAAAAGAAGAAGUCAGCUACUCAGGAGAACAACUUGAGCUACUGGAACGACGCCAUCACCAUGGAUUACUUCACCCGCCAUGCUGUGGAGCUCCCACGCGAGAUACAAUCACUAGAGACUGAGGAACAAGAGACGUGUCUGCCCCCUAAUGGUGACUACAGCGACAGUGGCGUGGUUCUGGUUAAUCCCUUUUGCCAAGAGACUCUCUUUAUCAACAGAGACAAGGCCUCUGAUAUCUAAACACACUAUAUUAAAAGGAGACUAAAUCCCUGGGGAUUUUCCAGUCCCUUUUCUUUGCUUGCAUUUUUUAAGAAUAUAUAUAAAUAAAUAUAUAUAUAUAUAUAUAUAUACAUAUAUGUGGUGAACCUUCAGAGACUGCGGUUUAUAUAUGAAACUGGUUUCAAGGAGCUGAAAGAAUAUUACAAAAAAUGCUAUUUGCUAUGAGGGGGAACCCUUGCAUAUUUUUCUGAUGUGGAUUUUCUACCAAUGCUUUGUUGUGAUAAGGGUUUUUAUGUCUUUUUUGAAUAAAAACAAUAAGUGUUGUUGCUCUUAUGUUCCAGUGGCUUUGGUGGUGCAAAGUGCUGAGAAACAUGGCGCGUGGUGUAAGGAUGCUUGUGUGACGUUACCCAAAAUACUUAAUAUGAUUACUUAAAAAGCCUGCCGCACUUGAAUUCCGUAUGUAAGGGGAUGCAGGGGUAAAGGGCAUUGAUUCUGGAACGGUUCUGGGAUGGGUACUGCAGCAACCCUCGCGUCCCUCAUGGAGGAACUUGAGUCGAUUGCCUGUUUGCGUUUGACGGAGGACGAAUCAUGACUUUCUGAGAUGAUUGUCCCCAGUUGAGUCACCAGCCAAAAGACAAAACAACAAUUGUCCCAUUCCUUCGAUGUCUGAGAUGUUUUCAUGUGUGUAAAUGUCUUGUUGCAUGCAUCUUUUCUGAUUUGUGUGUCUUUAGACUAGAUAUGAAACAGGAUUUAGUUUCUAUCAAGAUUUCGUUGUUACACCCUACCACCCUAAAAUUCACGUCGACAGUUGCACAAGCAAGUAGAAAAAAUGCUUAAAUGCCAAUGACAUGCCUCUUACAAAGCCCUUUGUAUGGUAAUGUUACUGUGCUCCACAUUUCACAUCAUAUAUGUUCAUAUUGUAUGUGUUUGUGUUCAACUUAGCAGGGCUAAGCAUUAUACUGUAUAACUGUAGUGGAAAUGCAUUUUUUUUUUUUUUUAAAUAAACCAUUGUAUUUGUUUAUUUGCUACGUCAUGCUCUGAUGAAAAUGGCACUAUUAUUGCUUCACAGGUUGGCUAAAUAUAUAUAUAUUUUGUUAGAAGACACAUGUUUUUCUUAGUGAAGGGUGAAUGAGUGUGCUUGUGGUUCCGUCUGUCUUUCUCUCUGUCCCUUGUGUGAACACUGAAGAGAAUAAAUGAGACCAAAAUGAAUUCCUUAAAUUUCUCUUUGAUUCUCAGUGCUUACUGCUGUAUUGUACAGGUUUUUUUUAGAUGAAUGUCAAUGAUAUCACUGGAUGUAAUAGAGUGUAAUUGUUAGAUAUAAAGACAUACAGAGUAACUAUUUUAUUUUGUACUUUCUUUGUGCCACUAAGGUUGGUAACAUGUUUUAAGACCAUAUCAUCAUUUUUUCUUUACAUAUCUCAUUUUGUUCUGUGUGCUUAGCAGAUUUUUAUAUAUUGUUUUAAAUGUAUUUGUUUUUGUUUUUUUUUCAUUGUUUCCGUCCUUUUUUUAUGUGCUGGCAUGAGUUUUAGAUAUGUAAGCAGAGGGAGUGGUAAUUGCUCAGCUGACAAGAAAAAAACUGCUCUCACAUAUUAUGAAUCAUGUCUAAUUUUUUUGUAGCACAUAAACUGUACUUUUUACUGCUGAGCAAUACAAAUAAAAAGGCUUUAAGGCUUCUUCA